AUAUCAGUUUAUAAAAAGGAGCACAAAACACAUACUAUUCCAGAGAGGAGAGAGAGAGAGAGAACACAUACUAUACUAGAGAGGAGAGAGAGAGAGAGAGAGAGAGAGAGACUGAAAGGUGGGAGGUGAUGGAAUAUGUCGGCCAACUUUAGAUUUAUCUUAAAGGCAGAUCAACGUGGCGGCCGUGUCCUUACGACAGAGUAGCAGCCAAGUAGGAAAUAUACUGAUACACAACACACAAAUACAAUUUCAGCCUCCGCUCAUAUAUUAUAUCAAUCAUAUAUAUCUUCACCUCCACACACCAAGUCAGUUCUUUGUUGGGGUUUUGUACCAAGCCAAAAAAAUAUUUCUAAAAUCUAUCUUUUGGAAAAUGGAAUUAGGAGAUCAGUCUGAUCAGUACUGCUGUUCGACUUCUUCAACAUCAACUAAUAACAGCGCCGAGAAGCGUAAGCCGAUCAGGCGACAAGUACAGCAUCAAAAUCAUCAUCAUCAUCAUCAUCAUAAUCAUAAUCAUCAUCAUAUGAAUCAAGCGGCGGAGAAGCCGUACAGGGGAAUAAGGAUGAGGAAGUGGGGGAAGUGGGUGGCGGAGAUAAGAGAGCCGAACAAGAGGUCAAGGAUUUGGCUCGGCUCAUACACCACCCCGGUCGCGGCGGCUCGGGCCUACGACACGGCGGUUUUCUACCUCCGAGGACCGUCCGCUCGCCUUAACUUCCCCGAACUCAUCUUCCAGGAAGACGACCGCCUCACCGACAUGUCCGCCGCCUCCAUCCGCAAGCGAGCCACCGAGAUCGGUGCCAAGGUGGACGCCAUACAGACCGCUCUCCAUGCCACGUCGUCUCCGUCCAAAUCUAAUCCCACGCCCGACUUAAACGAGUACCCGGACCCGGAAGACUCCGAUGAAGAUCAUUGAAAAAGAGAUGAGAUUUAUAAGAAUUGUUCUUUCUUUUUUUCUUCUUAUUAUUAUUAUUGCUGCGAAUCCUCGACUGUCUAUAAUCUCUUAUGAUCUCCUCUCUCUUUUUGGUCAUGAUGUUUUCUCUCUCUAGAUAGUUUUGGAUUAUGACGAUGACGAUCAUCUCUCUUUAUCUUUCCAUGUUGCACCGUUAGUUGAUGAUUUUACAAGUGCAAGUGGUGAAACCGCGCGAAGAUGGAUUAAAACGGAAUAAAAAAGGAUUCUGUUUGAUUGGCUUUUUAAGCUUUUUGAUUGUAGCAUGCAAUUACGAAAACCGGCUGAAUUUCGAAUGAAAAGGCCAACCUUAGCUAGUUAGUUAGUAUCUUGUUGGUCGGUCAGAAUUAUAUUUAUCUUUUUAGUCUUUCUUCUUCUUCUUCUUCUUCUUCUUUUGGGUUUAUGAUAUUAAUCUUAACGCUGUAAAUUUAUUAUAUUUAUAUGUGAUCAUGUUCGUGAUCUUUAAAGU